GAAACGGGUGCCACCUCGCGUCCUCAAGACAAACGACAAAAAACAACUUCUCUUGCAGUGGAGAGGAUUUCUACCGAACAACAACAAAAGACAGUUUUGCCCGUUCCCGCAAUCGAGAAGGCAUAUGGUGAGGUCUCCGAGUUUUCUCCUCAGACCAUCAAAAGUGAAGCCGAAAGAGUACUUUUGAAUUUUUAUUGGCAAAGGAUUUCCCAAAAGAUCAUGAAUACUUCAUUUCAACAACUUUCCGAGAUAAAGCCAGCGAUCGAGAAGGUGCUCAAAGACAUGCAAGCUUACAUGAAAGAUAUAUCACCGUUGGAGAAGCGCUUGAAGUCAUAUUUUGAAGAUGUUUCGCAAUACACAAAGGUCAAAUCGGAUUUCACACAGAGAGAGACACAAGAGAUGCACGAGAAGUCUCUUUCGUUUGCGCAACGUGAUCUUUCCGAGGCUGAACUGCAAGAGAGUGAGCUCGUCGAAACGGCGAACAAUGUGAAGGCUGAAAUUCUUGAAAUCACCAUGAGAUGGAAGCCUUGGAGAAGAUGGAAGCACUACUUGAAGAAUCUCGGCGGGAGCUAGAAGCUUUUGAUUUGUUCGCUUAAGUGCUACCCCUUUUUUUUUUUUUUUUUUUUUGUGCUCAUGUCGUUUUACUAUCUUUCGAUGUAAAAGAACAUUCCAUCCUUUUUUAUGCAAUAUAAUUUUCUCUUG